AUGUUUCGUAACAAAUAUCAGCAAGGACUUUUGUCCAUUUUGUACAGCUGCGGUGCGUCCCCUUUGGAGAUAUGGGAUAUGCACGUGAAAAACGGUUUUAUCCGAAGGGUAACGGACGAAGAAGUGAAAUCGUUGGCUCUGGAAAUAGCAGGGACGAAUGUCACAACAACCUACAUAUUCUGUCCAAAGGACCCGAAAAAAUCUCUCGGUAUAAAACUUCCCUUCCUCAUCAUGAUCAUCAAGAACAUGAAGAAGUACUUCACAUUCGAGAUAACAAUACUGGACGACAGAAACAUGCACAGAAGGUUUCGAAUGAGCAAUUUUCAAAGCACCACCCGAGUUCGACCCUUUUGCACGUCAAUGCCAAUCGGUUUGUCGGGUAGUUGGAACCAGGUUCUGUUUAACCUGUCAGACUUCACGCGAAGAGCGUAUGGCAGUAGCUACAUGGAAACCACCCGCAUACAAAUACACGCGAACUGCAGGAUCCGACGUAUUUACUUUGCAGACAGACUUUAUUCAGAAGACGAACUGCCGGAUGACUUCAAGCUUUUCCUCCCUGUUCACCGAAGGAAGUGUGUCCGAGAGUCGAAGGUGGAGAAGCCGAAAGACAAGGACAUAGAAAAAGUGGAGGUUGAGAAACCACCUCCUUUCGAAACAGGCGAGGGUCCCGAGGAUGACAUAGAAGAAGGUGAAAAAGAAGAGUCGGUGGAGUCCGAAGGUGUUGCGGCAGAACCAGAACCAAAGACGGAUGAACUGAAAGAGGAAGAUGAGGAGGAAGACGCUGAAGCUUUGGAUGCGGGUGAUUUCGAGGGUGAAGAUGAAGAACGCGCAGAUGAUGAGAUUGAAGUGCACGCAACUACAGGUUUAACGUCUCCAGAGUAUGCGUCGGAAGAGGAAGAUGAAGAAGAAUAUGAAACUCAGCAGCAAAUAAUGUGACUUAGUGUAGAAUAAUAUUUAAAUAAAUUUUGUUGUAAAAUGUUCAGUCAACUCGAACUGAAGUUUAUUUAAGAUUCAUUAUUGUACUGAACAUGGCAAAUAUCUAAAUAAAGAAUAUUGUAACAGAAAAUUGCUUUCCUAGAACAACGAGGCACCGAUAAUUUGCGAAUUA